CUUUGGUCAGGAGGAGGAGAAAGUGAGAGAGAUACAAGGAGGAGGAGGAGGAAGAGAAGGAGGGCCAGAGAAAAAGGGAGUGCAGGAACAGAACAAGUCAGAGUGGUCUGAUGAGAUAAAGAAAGGAAGAAAGGAACAGAAGAAAGUACAGAGGCUAUUCUCUGGCCAGACCAUGAGGUGGUUCUAGGUAAGGACCAGAGAGGCAGCUGAGCAUGAGGAAGAGUAGAGACAUGGAGAGCUCAGACAGUAUGAAGCAGGAAUCCAGAUCGAAGUCAGCUUUGUGGGGGGGCACACCGCAAUACGACUAUGUCUGCUUUGAGAAAUGCACCCAUUACGGGAUACCCUUGGAGGCAGGACGCGAGGCCGGGGGGACAGGGGACGACCUGCACUACCUGGAGAACUCCCUCAGCCACCCACAGCUUUAUGGCCAAUACACAGACCAGAUAACUGACUUUGCAGAGAAGGAAGCAGCAAAACUACUGAAUACGAGGCAGAUCCAGAACAACAAGGAAAGACCCCUGAAACGUCAGAGUCAAGUAGAUAUAAAAGAAGAGCACUAUUCCAAAUGUCAAGCCUGUGCUAGACGCAUCCAGAAAUACAUCACCAGGAAGCUUGGAGAGGACUGGAUUUUCUUGGUUCUGUUGGGACUGGUCAUGGCGUUGGUGAGCUGGGGAAUGGACUAUGCCAGUGCAAAGAGCCUACAGGCCUACAAGUGGAUGUACAAAGAGCUACACCCAAAUAUUCCUAUGCAGUAUCUGGCGUGGGUCACAUAUCCACUUGUUCUCAUUCUGUUUGCGGCCAUUUUCUGCCACCUCGUCUCUCCACAGGCCGUUGGGUCUGGGAUCCCAGAGCUCAAGACAAUUAUGAGGGGAGUGGUCCUCAAAGAAUAUCUCACUCUCAAAGCUUUUGUGGCCAAAGUUGUGGGCCUCACAGCUGGACUUGGAAGUGGCCUGCCUGUGGGGAAAGAGGGUCCUUUUGUGCAUAUUGCCAGUAUCUGUGCAGCAGUACUCAGCAAGUUUAUGUCAAUCUUUUGUGGUGUGUAUGAGAAUGUGCACAGGCAGCUCGAACUCCUGGUGGCAGCUUGCGCAGUUGGAGUUGGAUGUUGCUUCGGGGCUCCUCUUGGAGGGGUCCUUUUCAGCAUUGAGGUCACUUCUACUUACUUUGCUGUGCGCAACUAUUGGAGAGGUUUCUUUGCAGCUACCUUUAGUGCCUUCAUUUUCCGAGUCCUUGCUGUUUGGAACAAGGAUGCAGUUACCAUCACAGCCCUGUUCAGAACUAACUUUCGCAUGGAUUUCCCCUUCGAUCUGCAAGAGCUGCCAGCAUUUGCUGUAAUAGGGAUAUGUUCUGGAUUCCUUGGAGCAUUUUUUGUUUAUCUUAAUCGUCAAGUGGUCCUAUGCAUCCGGCGUCAUACAGCUCUAAGCCAGUUUCUCACCAAAUACCGCCUCAUAUACCCUGGGGUUAUAUCCUUCCUUAUAGCAACUGUGACCUUUCCUCCAGGGUUUGGACAGUUCAUGGCAGGAGAGUUGAUGCCACGGGAAGCCAUCAGCUCUCUCUUUGAUAACUAUACCUGGGCAAAACACACAGGAGACCCCCAGAUCCUAGGUAAAUCUGCUGCCUGGAUCCACCCCAAAGUCAGUGUCUUCAUUAUCAUCCUGCUUUUCUUUCUCAUGAAGUUCUGGAUGUCUGUCAUUGCUACUACAAUGCCAAUCCCCUGUGGAGGCUUCAUGCCUGUUUUUGUUCUGGGUGCUGCGUUUGGACGUCUUAUUGGGGAAAUCAUGGCAUCACUCUUUCCUGAUGGGAUCCUCUUUGAUGGUAUUGUUUAUAAAAUCUUACCUGGAGGGUAUGCUGUCAUUGGUGCAGCAGCUCUGACAGGAGCAGUCAGCCACACUGUCUCCACUGCUGUGAUCUGCUUUGAGCUGACAGGUCAAAUUUCUCACAUCCUGCCCAUGAUGGUAGCUGUCAUUCUUGCCAACAUGGUGGCCCAGAGUCUGCAACCCAGCCUCUAUGACAGCAUCAUCCAGGUGAAGAAGUUACCUUACCUGCCAGACCUGGGCUGGAAUCAUAUAAGCAAAUACAAUGUCUUUGUUGAAGAUAUUAUGGUUCAAGAUGUGAAGUUUGUCUCCUCCAACUGUAAAUACCGAGACUUGCAAACUCUUCUUCAAAGCACCACUGUUAAGACUUUGCCUUUGGUGGACUCACCAGAGACCAUGAUCCUACUGGGGUCUGUGGAGCGCUCUGAACUGCAGGCACUCCUCCAGAGACAUAUCAGCCCAGAACGGCGACGGUGCCUCAACAGAGAAAUGCAGCAGAAGCUAGCUGAGGCACCUUACAAUGGACACAGUAAGGGAUCAGGGGCAAUCCCGCCAAAGCUGAAGCAUGAGUCUUUUGCUUAUGUUGAUGAGGAUGAGGAUACAGAUGAGAAGGCAGAGCUGCCCCCACCACCAACUCCCACUCCUAGUUACCCAGAGGAACCCAAUGGCCCAACAAGUCCUGUUAAACAGACACAAGAAAUUUUGGAGCCACAGCAACCCCCAGGCAAUUUCUGGAAUUUGAGGCAACUGAUCCAGCAGCUCUUGUGUCCUUUCAACCGUCCACUUGAAAGAGAGAGUGAUAUCCAGGAGCCGGUGGAAGUCAUUGAUACAAUGACACCAGAAGAGAUAGAUGCUUGGGAACAGGAGGAGCUGAACAAGGAUGUAUGCUUUGACUGCUGCUGCAUAGACCCUUCCCCUUUUCAACUGGUGGAGAGAACUUCCCUGCACAAGACACAUACAUUGUUUUCAUUACUGGGACUCAGCCAUGCCUACAUAACCAGUAUGGGGAAGCUGAGGGGAGUGUUGGCUUUGGAAGAGCUUCAGAAGGCAAUAGAGGGCUCUACACGCUCUGGAGUUCGCCUCCGCCCUCCCCUUGCCAGUUUCCGUGACACAAACCGGACUUCAAUCAGCAGUGAGAAGAUCAGCCAGGCCACUCAAGCAUGGAAUCAGCAGGACAGCUGCAUGGUGGCAGCACAGAAUGCAGCAGACCUGGGGACAGAAAGCCCACUACCUCCCUACUCACACUCCCCACAACCCUCUCACUUGCAUGAUGAAGGGGAAGGCCUGUAUUCCAAUUAUGCCACUGAUACAGAUUUGGAAGAGAUGGAGCUGACAAGACCAGUUGCUGAAGACAUCUCAGACAUCCUCAAGGACAUAAGCCUACGCUCCACUGAUCUGUAUGAGGAUGAAGAUGAGGAUGAAGAUGUCCCUUUAUAACUGCUGUGAGCCCACUGUGAUCUUCCGUUGAGCCAGUCUUCUCGUGCGUGCUCCUCAAACAGAAGCCUUUGGAUGCUCUUGGCAAUAACAGAGGAUUGAUUCAGCUGGGGGAAGAAACAGAGGACUGGCCCUUUUUUGCCAUUUUAUGUGCAAAUACCAGUUGGGUUACUGGACUCUGUGGGUGUGUACAGGAGUCAGAUGUGGAUUGCAAGGUGCCUAAGGGGCAGGCUCAUAAUGUUUAAGGCCUCUGCUUUCACUUGAGGUGAGGUGUCUACACAACAUGUCACACAGGAUCAUAAGAGGACAUGAAUAGUGCUGGACACAAUCAGCAUGCUCUGGGUCAAUCUACUAUGUAAAAAGUGGAGGAGUAGCAGCUCUUCUCAUUCUCUAUUGGUGUCAUCCUUCCAGUCGCACCUGACCUGCAUACACCAGUGCAAAUCAGAACUCCAGCCAAAAAGUAUAUUGCUGCUUCUGUCUGCAAUCCUGUCCAUUUUGCCACAGAUCCUUUUGGCUAGCUCUUACCUUGCACUCCCCAAAACAUUCCCAUCAAGAACAUUCUUCCUCUUUCUUAAUUUUUACUCUGGGAUUUUGCUGGGUGGAAGUGCAGUUAGGAGCUUCUCCUCUGUCCUUUAGCUGAACCAAGCCCGAAAAACAGGUGGGAGGAAAUAUAUUUGGUCUACACCUCAUGUCUUGAAUUCAGCCACAGCUUUAAGAAAAGCACUGCAAGGGAGGAAAGACUCUUUGCUUUCCUACCUCUAUAAUUUUUAAAUUGUACGUGGGGGCAUCCUCUGUGUUGGAAGAAGAGGAGUAAAACAGCAUGUAUGUGCCUGUAUUUCAAUAUCUGUGUUUGUCUCUCUAAAGCACUGUUCAAAAUUUUUACAGAGUUAUAGUCUUAAAAUACAAGAACUUAAAAUAAAUUAAAAAAUAAAGAAC